GCCCAUUCCGGGAAGGUGUCGAGCGAUUAGCAAAUCAAAAAAAAAACUAUUUCAGGAAUCUUUUUGGUUUUAGUUGCUAUGCCAGGAAACGGAUGGUGGACAAUGUGGGUCAGUUUGGACUGAACGGAGCAGCAAGACGCCUCUGUGACGGGCAACGGCGCGCUUGUGAGAGUAUACAUUCUGGUGUUUAGCGGGAUAUAUCUAACCCAAAGGUUUGGAAAGAGAUACAUUAGGAAUGACUGCAGCCCUUCCUUUGGGAAUGUUUUCGGAUUGUUGGAUUUCAUUUUAGGCCCAGGACUUCACAGGCUUGUGUAAUAUGCGACCAGUCAGUAUCUCCAAAACAACAGUAGUCUCGAAGGGAAUCAAGUCUGAGAAAACUAGAAUAAUAUAAAGACAAUAACAGUCACUAAAAGGGGGGAUUAUUCAAGCCCCGUGAAAAUGAGACGCACGCUUUAACUGGAAUACUAGAUUUUAUGAUCAGAAGACGAUAGACGAAAUAAAGAUCUCCAACAUGUUUAAACGAGGCUGUGGGCUGGAGUUCCUGUUCAUCCUCUGUGGACUGGAGCUGUCCUGGUCGUGCCCGCGCCACUGCAUCUGCUACACCGCGCCCAGUACGGUCAGUUGCCAGGCCCACAACUUCCUGACGGUCCCCGAGGGCAUCCCCGCCCAGAGCGAGCGCAUCUUCCUGCAGAACAACAAGAUCCAGCAGCUCCUGCGGGGCCACUUCAGCCCCUCCACCGUCAUGCUCUGGCUCUACUCCAACAACAUCUCCUACAUCCAGCCCUCCACCUUCCAGGGCCUGACCCAGCUGGAGGAGCUGGACCUGGGGGACAACCGCCACCUGGGCUCCCUGGCCCCCGACACCUUCCACGGGCUGAGCCGGCUCCACGCCCUCCACCUGUACCACUGUGGCCUCGGCGGCCUGCCCACCGGCAUCUUCCAAGGCCUGCACAACCUGCAGUACCUCUACCUACAGGACAACCAGCUGGACUUCCUGGAGGAUGACCUGUUUGUGGACCUGCUGAACCUGAGCCACCUGUUUCUGCACGGGAACCGCCUGUGGAGCCUCCACCAGAACACCUUCCGCGGGCUGGGUGGACUGGACCGCCUGCUGCUGCACCACAACCGGCUGCAGUGGGUGCACCGGCUGGCCUUCCACGACCUGCGGCGCCUCACCACCCUCUACCUGUUCAACAACUCCCUGACGGAGCUUUCGGGAGAGUGCCUGGCCCAGCUGCCGGCGCUGGAGUACCUGCGGCUCAACGACAACCCGUGGGAGUGUGACUGCAAGGCGCUGUCGCUGUGGGACUGGCUGCAGCGCUUCCGCGGCUCCACCUCCUUGCUGCUGUGCCGUGCCCCGCCCGAGCUGGUGGAGAAGGACAUGAAGCAUCUGCGCAAGGAGGAAUUCCCCAGCUGCUCCGGCUCCGAGUCCCUGCACCAGACCAAGGGCGGCCCCUGGCCCGGCAGCGACAAGGUGUCCAUGAAGAAGGAGCACCACCCCCACCCUCACCCCCACCCGCACCCGCACCACCCCCACCUGCCCCACCACGACCAGCACUACCCCUUCUCCCCCUCACCCCUGCCCCGCCCCCCGCCGUCCAUCGAGGGGGCGGUGGCGGGGUCGGGGGGGUCGCCUCCACAGAGGCCCAGCCGGUCUCGGAACUGCACCCGGCAGCGCGGCCGGGGGGGGAAAGGGAAGGGACAGAACGAGGUGCACACCUUGAAGGAAAUGCCCGACAAGGAGUACUCGCCUCUCGAUUUCUCCCCGGGGGGCGACAAGUACGACCCCUCCAUCCCGGGUGGCUCCCCUCCACGGCGGAAGCACAAGUGCACCCCCAGAGCCUCCGUGCGACCCCCGAGCGGAGUCCAGCAAGCGACCAACCGGGCGCCGGCCCGCCUCUGCCUGUCUAUCCUCUAUGCUAUUGCAGUUCUCCUUGUGCCCCUGACCGCUGAUAUACUUCGCUGACCAGCCGAGGGGUGCUACAGCGAUACCACAAACUAUCAGUCCCAAGACAGACUCUAGCUCCUACACUGCAAGCCGUGCAUGUAUGAACGUGUGUUUGUGUGUGACUGCGUGUGUGAGUGUGAGUGUGUGCGUGUGUGUGUGUGUGUGUGUGUGUGUGUGUGUGUGUGUGUGUGUGUACGGAGCUUCGUCUUUUCAAGAAUUUGAGGUAGAGAAGUCAAUAUCAAACAUCAAAUGUAAGGGACGCAAGCCAAAAGGCUAAAAAAAAAAAAAGUG